UAUAAAAUGAACAGAGGAGAUUCAAGCUUACUCAGUCAGGAAGAUGUCUCUUAACAAAUUGCACUUUGUCACACUGUUUGUCGGGAUUUGGCUUCUUCCAAAAGCCAACACCCUGGAAUGUUUCAAGUGUGUACCGGACACAUCUGGAACCUGCACUAACAAAAUCCAAUGCCCCUCACAGGAUAAUCAAUGUGCAUCAGUGAAAGUAUUAAGAUAUACAGGUGGUUCUGUAAACAAUGAGACCAAAUCUAAACAGUGCUUUCAACCUGGGGAUUGUGUUGGAGGCUCAGUCAACUUUGGAUCUGAGAAAACUGUUAUUGUGAGCGACUGCUGCAACAACAGUGCUAACUGCAACAACAAAGAUGCCUCUGGGCCUAAGUUCAAUACAAAUAAUAAAAAGUGCUACAGCUGUGAAGGACAACAGUGCGUUAGAACUGAAGUCUGUAAGAAUGAAGAGAACUAUUGCAUCAAAACAACAAGGGCAGGUCAGACCUUGAAGGGCUGUGCCUCCAAGAUGAUGUGCCCAGAAUACGCAUCAGAGUUUUUUAAACCGUACAUCUUACCAGGAAGCAGCUGCUGCCAGGGAGACUUCUGCAACAGCGCCAGCGGUGCAAGUGCUGGCCUGCAGCUGUUGUGUGUGUCGCUGAUGUUUUUGGUCUUAUUUCCUUAGAAGAUACACAAACAUACAUCAACCCAAAGCUUUCUAUUGCAUAAAGUUAUUUGCAAUAUUUCAGAUGUGGAAUAAAUCUCAAUCUGUGCUUGUGUUUUUUUUUUUUCUUAAUUUCUUAGAAAGCUGAAAAGUGGAUUGUCAGAAUCUAAAAUUAUACAACUUCAAGAGUUAAGGCAGAAAUGAAAUGAAUGAACAUUCCUCAUUCAGUUGCCUAAUAGAGGAUUUCUUGUCAUUUGUAAUGUUAAAGGAUUUUUUGAGUUAUUAAAAUGAGAAAAAA